AAAAUUAAAUAAAAUUAUUUUUAAUUUUUAGAAGAAUUAAUUAAUUUCAAAUCGUUUUGUAUUAUUUUUAUUAUUAUGUAUGUAUGUAGUAGAAUUAAAUGUAAUUUUUUAAAAAUUAAAUUACAAUUGUAAUAAUGUUAAACAAUCAAAUUGAAUGCAACAGUACAAGUUAAUAAAAGGAAAAACAAAUAAAAAUAAACAAUAAAAUAAAAAAUAAAAAAUAGAGAGAAAAAAAGAAAAUAAAAAAUUGUGAAGAAAAUUUAAAAUUCUAUACACAUUACUUAAAACAGUGAAAAAUGCCUCGUAAACUCUUGAAGUUUUUAAUAAUUUUUGAUAAUACAUCAUUACUUUAUUUUCCUGGUCAAUUUUUAUCGGGUCGUGUUUUACUUGAAUUGCAAGAUGAUACUCCAGCUUUAGGUUUACAUUUUCAUGUUGUUGGUGAAGGUGUUGUUCGAGUUGGUUCAUCAAGACAAGAAAGAACAUAUGAUAAAGAAAAUUAUAUUGAUUUUCGUAUGAAAUUAUUUGGUGAUAUUGAUCAAGGUCCAGCUGUUCUAUCACCAGGAAUUCAUAGUUUUCCAUUUAAAUUAGGUUUACCAGUUGGAUUACCAUCAACAUUUUUAGGUCGUUAUGGUUGGAUACAAUAUUAUUGUAAAGCAGCUUUACGCGAACCAAAUGGUCUUAUUCAUAAAAAUCAUCAAGUUUUCAUUGUUAUGAAUCCAAUUGAUUUGAAUUUAGAAAAGCCGAUAUUAUCACAUCCUUUUAGUUGUGAAGUUGAACAUAAAUUGGGAGUUGCUUGUGUUGGUGGUGGUAGUGUUAAAUGUCGAGUAUCACUUGAUAAGGGUGGUUAUGUGCCAGGAGAAAGUAUAUCAAUUACAGCAUAUGUUAAAAACAACAGUAAUGUUGUUAUAAAACGAACAAAAGCAGCAUUAACUGAAACAAUUGAAUAUUUGGCUAGAGGAAAAUGUAUUCAAGUAGAAAAACGGGCAUUAGCUGAAAUUGCAAGAGGAAAAAUACGUUCUGGAGAGAAAGAUGAAUGGCGUAAUGAAAGUUUAUAUGUACCACCAUUACCGCCAACAAAUUUACGUGGUUGCCAUUUAAUUAAAAUACAAUAUGAUGUGUUCUUUAUUGUAGAACCAAAAUCAUUAGAAAAAGAAAUUAAAUUGCAAUUGCCAAUUGUUUUAGCUACAUAUCCAUUUCGAACUGAUAAUCAUGAUGUUUCAAAUACAUGGCCUGACUCUGUAUUAAAACCGGAUACUCAUUAUCCAUCAACAUUACCCAUAUUUCGUCCAUGGUUACAUGAAAAACCAGAUCCAUAAUUCUAUUAUUUUUUUUUUUUUUGCAUAUUUUGUUGGUUUUAUAAUACAUAUGAUGUACUUUUAUAUUAAGCUAAUCAUUCUGAAAAGCUACCUUAAUUAAUAAUCGAAACUACGUUAAUUUGUAAAUGAAAAUUUUAUUAAAUGAGGACAAUUCAAAUACAAGUUGUACAACAUUAUUCAAUUUUCAAAUUGAAUUUUAUAUGUAAAUGUAAAAUUAUAUCCAUUUUAAUAAUAAUACUAAAAAAGUAACGUGGUUUUUUCACAGAUUUAGGUAGUUUUUCGGAAAUAACGUCAUUAUUUAAUUUAAUAUACAAUUAAAUAAUGUAUAUACUAAAUUAAAUAAUAUAAAAAUAUAUAUUAAUUUUUUUUUGUGAAUUAACUUUGCUAAUUGUUAUAUUAAGAAAAUGAAACAAAAAAAAAAAAAGUUUUUAGUCAAAAAAUAACGCUUGAGUGAUAAAAUUUAUGAAUAAAAAAAAGUUUAUGAAACAAAACUACAAUUAUAUGAAGAUUAAAUAUACAUACAUA